AUCCAGGUAGAAUGGGUGGUGCCUGUUUUGCUAAAACCUUGGUGAGAUUUCAAGUGCUACCUGCAAGUUGGCUUCUCCAAAAACCUUGACUGAUGAUCUAGGAGGGAAGGUGACAAGAAUGACUGGGCUGCCUCUCCUCCUCCUGCUGCUGCUCUUCUGGCUCCUGCCUCCAACUGCUGCUAAGAAGAUGCAAAGUGUAUGUGUGUUGAGGAACUAUUUCCAGUCACAGGAAAGCUACUAUAGGCCUGGUGAUCUCAUUAUUGGUGGAACUGUGCACCUGGGAAUAAUUGAUCGUUCCAUCAUUCCAGACUUCCAAAGAGACCCAUUCUUUUUUUUGAUAGAGUUGGAAAGUGUACUCAUAGCCAAAAGCUACCAGCAGUUCCUGGCCGUGGUAUUUGCAGUCGGAGAGGUCAACAAGGAUCUGGUUCUCCUCCCCAAUAUCACACUGGGGUUCCACAUUUCUGACAAUCAAAAGAUUGAGAGAAAUAUUUCAAUAAUCGGCCUCUCCCUGCUCUCCACACAAGGCCGGAUGAUUCCAGGUUAUAAAUGUGACAGGCAGGACACUCUGCUCUCUGUCAUUGGCGGCUUCAUCCCCAAAUCUUCAAGGCAGAUAGCCCCCAUCUUCAGCAUCUUCAAGGUCCCACAGUUAAGGGACCACACAGGGGAUAUCUCAGAAUUCAGCCAUUUUCUCACAUCUUUAGACCCUUUGCACCCAAAAGGGGACAUCUUCCUCCCACAGUGGUGGGAAAAGGUCUUUGACUGCAGAUUUCACAAACCAGGAAUAUUCAUUCCAGAGAUGAUAAAGAAAUGCACAGGAAAGGAGAAUGUACAAAAUGUUCCCACUCACAUUUUUGAAACAAGCAUGACAGGUGAAAGUUACAAUGUCUACAAUGCCAUUUUUGCUCUGGCACAUGCAUUACAUGCGAUGUUUGGAUCCAGAGCCCAACAAUCCAUGAUGAGGCUUGAAAAGAGGAUCUCAGAUGUCCAUUCAUGGCAGAUCCUUGCCUAUUUGAGGAAUGUGCACUUCAACAACAGUGCUGGAGAUGAAGUCUCCUUCUCAGAAAAUGGACUCGGGUCUGCUCGAUAUGAUCUUCUCAACUGGGUUUUCCUCCCCAAUCAAUCUUUUGUCCCUGUGAAAGUUGGGCAAGUAGAUGCUGGGGCUCUCCCAGGCCAAGAUUUCAUCAUUGACUCUGAUGGAAUCGUCUGGGCUACAAAGAAGGUGCCCUUUGCCAGGUGUGGCAUGAAGAGGUGCCAGGCAGGAGAGAGGAGAAGAGUUCCAGAGGGCAAGCAGGUUUGCUGCUACCAAUGUGAUCCUUGUCCAGAAGGGACUAUUUCUGAUCAGAGAGAUGCUGCCCACUGUGACCUCUGCCCAGAAGACCGAUAUCCCAAUCAGCACAAGGACCACUGCAUUGCCAAGAGGAUCCACUUCCUUGCCUAUCAAGACACCCUGGGAUACACUUUAUUAUGUCUCGCUCUUUUCCUCUCUAUGAUCACAUUGGCAGUGCUGGUGAUUUUCCUUAAACAUCACGAAACACCGAUUGUCAAGGCCAACAACCGAGAUCUCACCUACAUCCUCCUGGUCUCCCUAAUGCUCUGCUUCUUCUGCCCCUUCCUCUUCAUUGGUCGACCCAGAAAGCUCACCUGUCUCUUCCAACAAACUUCAUUUGCCAUCAUCUUUUCCUUUGCAGUUUCCUCUGUCUUGGCAAAAACUGUCACGGUGGUUCUGGCCUUCAUGGCCACUAAACCUGGGAACAAGACAAGGAAACUCUUAGGAAAACCACUGACCAACUCCAUUGUCUUAGGCUGUCCCCUGAUCCAAGCAGGUUUUUGUGCCACCUGGCUGGCAACCUCUCCUCCAUUUCCUAACUUGGACUUCCACUCUUUGAUAGGAGAGACCAUCUUGGAAUGUAAUGAAGGCUCAGCUUCAAUGUUUUAUGCUGUCCUUGCCUAUCUGGGUUUUUUGGCCCUUGUCAGUUUCACAGUGUCUUUUCUGGCCAGGAAAUUGCCUGACAGCUUUAAUGAAGCCAAAUUCAUCACUUUUAGCAUGCUAGUCUUUUGCAGUGUUUGGAUCACUUUCCUCCCCACCUAUCUGAGCACCAAGGGAAAGUCCAUGGUGGCUGUGGAGAUCUUCUCCAUUUUGACCUCUGGAGCUGGUCUUUUGGUUUGUAUCUUUUCCCCCAAAUGCUACAUUAUCUUAUUGAGGCCCCAUCUGAAUUGUAGGGAAAAUAUAAUGAAGCACAGAAAUCUCUGAUUUAUAUGGGGUUUGGGAAUUUUUAUUUUGGCUUGGGUGUAUUUUGACAGUUGUCCCCAGAGAAGACUUGGUAAUGAACAUGGAAAUCAACAUUGAGAUUAAAUAAGUGGAUAAUAAUUUCCACCUGUACAGUUUCUUCAUUUAUUUUUUAUCAAAUCAUUUUUAAAAAAUGGGUUGGAUUCAUUAUCUAUGUUUUUAAACAUGUUUCUUUUCAUAGAGCUCUGAGGUUUUGUUUAGUUCACACUUCCGUGCUAUCCAGGGUGCACCACGAGGAGGUGAACUGACAUCACACUCUGCCAUCAUCCCUGAUUAGCAACUAUAGGUCCCAGUUUGAGCAAGUUGGAAGAAAAGUUUCCAACUCCAUCUGAGUACAGGCUCCCCACAGGACUGUGUCUUGUCCAGUACUCUUCACUAUGAUCACCCAUGAUUGCUGUGCCAAAUCUGCUAUGAAUCAUAUUGUGAAUUAUGUGGAUGACUCGGCAGUGGUGGGUCUUACCCAAGAUAACAGUGAAGAUGCUUAUACGGAAGAGGUGAAAGCUCUGUUGGACUUGUGCAAGAAAAGUAACCUGGUUCUAAAUGUUAAUAAAACAAAGGAGGUCAUUGUAGAAUUUAUAAAGAGCCUGCAUGGUCAUACUCCACUCAGUAUCAAUGAUGCCACUGUAGAGGUGUUAUCUGUGAGUGCCGAUAACCAACAAACUGAACUGGUCUCUCCAGACAUCAUCCUUACUGAAGCGGACAAACCAGAGUCUGCAUUUCUUGCAUCAGAGGAGAAGAGCACAUCUUUCUCCUUCUGUCCUGGCCACUUUUUACAGCAGUGCCUCAGAUAGAAAGUCCCUAAAGAGAGUGGUGAGGACAGUGGAGAAAAUUAUAGGAAGGUUGCUUCCCAUUAUUCAGGAUGCUGCUUUAGGCGCUCUGUGCUUAGAGCUCAAAGCAUUGUCAGACAUCCCACACACCCACUCCAGGGUCUGUUUCUGUUGCUCCCACUGCUACCCACUGGGAAGGGGUUUCAAAGUAUUUCUAGAAGGACUACCAGAUUCUGUAACAGCUUUGUUCCUUAGGCUAUCCAUCUGGCAAACUUGCAAGAUUAGUUUUUCAUGCCAUGUACAUGUAUUCAUCCAAACUAGAUUGUGUUAUUUCUCUGUCGUAUAAUAUAUGUGGGUAUAUGCAUAUUUAUUUAUGUGUGUAUGUAUAUAUA